AUUAAAAAUGACUGGUCUUUAUAUGCUCGAUUAUGGAGCAGGCAAUGUUCGUAGUUUAGUUAAUGCCAUUCAUCAUUUGGGGCAUGACAUUAAAUUUGUCAAAGAACCUUCUGAUAUUGCCCUUGCUGAGAAACUCAUUUUUCCAGGUGUUGGAGACUUUGGUUUUGCUAUGCGUGCAUUACAUGCUAAAGGUUAUUCUGAACCUUUAAAGGCUUAUAUUAAAUCAGGCAAACCUUUUAUGGCUAUUUGUGUUGGUAUGCAAACACUUUUUGAAGGCUCUGCUGAAAGUGAUGAACCUGGUUUGGGUAUUAUUCCAGGAAAGGUACUCAAAUUUGAUAAUAGCAACAAAGCCGUUCCUCAUAUGGGUUGGAAUCAUACAGAUCUUCUCAAGUCACAACCUGAUAAUACACCAGGACAAGCUGUUAAUUAUAAUCUGGAUGAAAAUAAGGUGUAUUAUUUUGUUCAUUCUUAUGCUGCGCCUUAUACAGAAGAAAAUAAAGAUUGGGUUUUAUCUACUACGCAAUAUGGUGAUGAAAUUUUCAUUUCUGCUGUACAAAAGGAGAAUGUAUUCGCAACUCAAUUCCAUCCAGAAAAGAGUGGUUAUGCUGGUCUUGCUCUUUUGAAAUCCUUUAUUACAGGAACGGGUGUAGUGGAUGAAAGGACAGUGAUAUACAAGUCACCUAUGAAAAAGGAAAACGAUGCCUUCACAAAACGUAUUAUUGCUUGUUUAGAUGUAAGAGCUAAUGAUCAAGGAGAUUUGGUGGUGACAAAGGGGGAUCAAUAUGAUGUACGUGAAUCAGAAGGAAAUAAGGAUGUUCGUAAUUUGGGUAAACCUGUUGAAUUAGCUAAACGCUAUUUUGAAGAAGGUGCUGAUGAAGUCACUUUCUUGAAUAUCACUAGUUUCCGUAACUGUCCAUUAGUGGAUACCCCUAUGCUUGAAGUUUUGAAACGUACAUCUGAAACUGUCUUUGUUCCCUUAACGAUUGGUGGUGGUAUUCGUGAUGUUGUAGAUCCAGAUGGUACUGUUCAUCCUGCUUUUGAAGUCGCUGGUGAAUAUUUCCGUUCAGGAGCUGAUAAAGUGUCUAUUGGUAGUGAUGCAGUUUAUUGUGCUGAAAAGUGGAUUGCUAGUGGUGGUGAAAAGACGGGUACAACAGCGAUUGAAACAAUUGCUAAAGCUUAUGGUUCUCAAGCAGUCGUUAUCUCCGUUGAUCCUCGUCGAGUGUAUGUAAAGGAUCCUAAAGAGACAACUCAUCAUACCCUGAAGGUCUCUCAACCUGGACCUAAUGGUGAGGAAUACUGUUGGUAUCAAUGUACUGUGAAGGGUGGACGUGAAGGUAGAGAUUUAGAUGUCAUUCAACUAGUCACUGCUUGUGAACAAUUGGGUGCUGGUGAAAUUUUAUUAAAUUGUAUGGAUCGUGAUGGUACUAACUCUGGAUUUGAACUUGAAUUGAUUCAUUCUGUUCGUCAAUCUGUGUCUAUUCCUGUUAUUGCCUCUAGUGGUGCAGGCUGUGUUGACCAUUUUACUGAAGUGUUUGAAAAGACGGGUGUUGAAGCUGCUUUAGCCGCAGGUAUUUUCCAUCGUCAAGAAGUCCCUAUUCAAUCUGUUAAAGAAUAUGUGAAAAAUGCUGGUAUUCCUAUUAGACCUAUUGAUACAACUACUUUGUAAAUAAAUAUAUACAUCAUUAUAGAAAAUUAAAAAAAAAAAAAUUAAAUAAAAUAAAAUAAAA